AUGCGGGUGACACGGAGGGCGUGUCCCUUGCACACGCGUGUGCGCAGGCGUCCCCGCCCUCGCUGUGGUUUCGCGGCCGCGGGGAGCAGGAAGCGCCUCGAGCGCGGCCUCCGCCUUCCUGCCACCCCCACGGGGACAGCGCCGGGACCCCCCUGGCGUGGCCCCCGUGUCCCCGGCCGUGUCCCCCGCGCUGUCCCCGGCCGUGUCCCCUGUGUCCCCAUGUCCCUGGCGCUCAAGGCCCGGCAGCGGGCGAGGCGCAAGGGCGGCUCCCGGGAGCGGCUCUUCGGCUGCGACCUCCGCGAGCAUCUCCAGCGCUCGGGGCAGGACGUGCCGCAGGUGCUCCGGAGCUGCACGGAGUUCGUGGAGCAGCACGGGGUGGUCGAUGGCAUCUACCGCCUGUCCGGGGUGUCCUCCAACACCCAGCGGCUGCGGCAGGAGUUCGAGGCGCAGCGCAGCCCGGACCUGUCGCGGGACGUUUACCUGCAGGACGUUCACUGCGUCAGCUCCCUGUGCAAGGCCUACUGCCGCGAGCUGCCCAACCCCCUGCUCACCUACCAGCUCUACGACAAGUUCGCCGACGCCGUGGCCAUCCAGAUGGAGGAGGCGCGGCUGGUGAAGAUCAAGGAGGUGCUCAAGGAGCUGCCGGCGCCGCACUACAGGACGCUGGAGUUCCUGAUGCGCCACUUGCUGCGCAUGGCCGCGCACAGCGGGCGCACCAACAUGCACGCGCGGAACCUGGCCAUCGUGUGGGCCCCCAACCUGCUGCGCUCGAGGGACAUCGAGGCCUCGGGGUUCAACGGCACGGCGGCGUUCAUGGAGGUGCGCGUGCAGUCCAUCGUGGUGGAGUUCAUCCUCACCCACGUGGAGCAGCUCUUCGGGGACGCGCCGCUCCGAGGUGGGGACUGUCCCCGUCGCUCGCUGCUCCUGCCCGGGGGAUCCCCCCCCCUGCACGUCCCGGCCGCACUGAGCCAGGGCGAUGGCCCCCCCCAGAUGCGGCCCUACCACACCAUCAUCGAGCUCGGCGAGCACAGGAGCAAGGGCUCCCUCAAGGCCAAGAAGUGGAGAUCCAUCUUCAACCUGGGCCGCUCCGGGCACGAGGCCAAGCGGAAGCCGGGGAAGGCGGAGGAGAAAGAGAAGUGCGGGAAGGUCACUCUGCGGCCGGCCAAGAGCAUGGACUCGCUCAGCUCCGGCCCCUCCAGACCGUCCGGCCCGGACGCCGCCCGGCUGCUGCCGAAGCUGUCGGUGAAGCUGCGGCCGCAGCGGCAGCACAGCUCGGACGCGGCCCCCGCGGCCCCGGAACCGCCCCCGGAGCUGGACGAGAGCCUGGAGGAGCCCCUGGAAGCGGCGGCCGAGAGCAGCACCAAGUCGGAGCCCACCACCCCCAAAGCCCCCCGGGCGGGGCCGGGGGUCUGCGGCCGCUCCCGCGCCGAGAAAUGCGCGGGGCUCCACAUCUCGGGCCCCUUCUCGGUCACCGUCCCCUUCCACAUCACCUCCAACCUGUCCCGCCUCACCCGGGGGCUCCCGUGCCCCGCACUGGAACGGGAACAGACCCCCGGCAGCCCCCCCGAGCCCGCCCAGGACCCCCGGCCCCGCUCCGAAGAUGCGGAGCAGAGCCGGCUCUCCCUGGAGCUCCGCGACUCCUUCGCCUUCCUGGACGGCCCCGAGACGUGGCUGGAGGGCGGCGGGGACGCGGAGGCGGCGGCGCGGAGCCCCGGGACCGGGGAUGAGACCCCCGGGACGGAGGAUGAGACCCCCGGGACGGAGGAUGGGACCCCCAGGAUCGAGGAUGGGACCGCCGGGACCGAGGAUGGGAUCCCCGAGAUCGAGGAAUUGACCACCGGGAUCGAGGAUGGGAUCCCCGAGAUCGAGGAAUUGACCACCGGGAUGGAGGAUGGGAUCCCCGGGAUCGAAGAUGGGAUCCCCGAGAUGGAGGAUGCGAUCCCCGGGAUCGAAGAUGGAAUCCCCGGGAUGGAGGAUGCGAUCCCCGGGAUCGAAGAUGAGACCCCCGGGAUCGGGGCCGGAUUCCCGGCUGCGGAGGAGGGGAUGGAGAGCGGGUUCAUGAACGCAGGUGAGCGCUGGGCGGAGCAGCCGGACAGUUACCUGUCCAUCGAGGAGUGCACGGAGCAGGACAUGUUCUUCCUGGCCCCCGGCGCCUCCGACUCCGACUCGGACGAAAUCUUCCUGAGCGCCCACGACGAGCUCAGCCCGCUGGGGACCCCCGAGGGACCCCCGGGCGAGGGGACAGCCCUGGAGACCCUGGAGAACCGAGAGAUCCCGGAGAUCUCGGUGAUCCCAGAGAUCCCGGAGACGCCAGAAAUCCCAAAAGUCCUGGAGAUCCCAGAGAUCCCGGAGAUCCCAGAGACCCCAAAAAUCCUGGAGAUCCCGGAGACCCCAGAGAUUCUGACCCAAACGCCCCCAGAAAAGGAUGGUCCAGGAGUGGGGGACCCCCCCCGCGACCCCCAUGGGGAAGGGGGCGGAGGGGAGGGGGCUGCAGAGGGAGACCCCCGCCCCAGGAAUGGGGUGUGGGGUGAGGGAGGAGGGCUCGGGGGUCCCGCCGGGAAUGGGGGAGCGGACGGAGCUGGAUCCCGGCCCCUCAUCCCGGGGGAGGGGGAUCCCCGGGAUUUAGUGGGGUCUCCUCCAGCCCCGCCCCUGGCAGAGCCCCCCCGGGAGCCCCCCGAGCCCCCAGCCCCCGGGUCUGUUCCCGGGGUGGUCCCAGACGGGGCCGAUGUCACCCCCGGGACCACCCCGACCUCUCCCCCGGCCCCGGCCCCUGGAGCUCCCCCCAAAAACCUGGAGCUGACCCAGGACGAGCCCCCCAAAAACCUGGAGACCCCCAGGCCCUCGGAGCUGAUCCAAGAUGAGUCCCCGAGACCCCCGGAGCUGAUCCGGGAUGAGCCCCCCAAAAUCCCGGAGCUGAUCCGGGAUGAGCCCCCGAAAUCCCUGCAGCUCCCUGGACCCCUGGAGCCCCCAAAAUCCCUGGAGCCGAUUUGGGAUGAGCCCCCCAGACCCCUGAAGCUGGUCCGGGAUGAGCCCCCCAGAGCCUCAGAGCCCCCCAAAUCCCCGGAGAGCCCCAAAGCCCCCGGGCAGAUCCGGGAUGAGCCCCCCAAAUCCUGGGACACCCCCAGACCCCUGAAGCCGAUUCAGGAUGAGCCCCCCAAAUCCUGGGACACCCCCAGACCCCUGAAGCCGAUCCAGGAUGAGCCCCCCAGAUUCCCAGAGCCCCCCGGAGCCCUGGAGCCGAUCUGGGGUGAGCCCCCCAGACCCCUGAACGCGAGCCAGGAUGACACCCCCAAAUCCCGGGCCCCCCCCGGACCCCCAAAGCCAAUUUGGGACGGGCGCCCCAAAUCCCUGGAGCCGAUCCUGGCUGAGCCCCCCAAAUCCUGGGACACCCCCAGACCCCUGGAGCUGAUCUGGGACGAAUUCCCCAAAUCCCGGGACCCCCCCCAGACCCUCAAAUCCGAUCUGGGACGGGCGCCCCAAAUCCCUGGAGCCGAUCCUGGCUGA